AUGUCACUAAGGCAGUUCUUAGGCUAUUCUGAUGGCGAGGUCAUGAGGUCUGAUGCAAAACCCUGUUCUAGACUAAUGAGACACACAGCCGGAAUCUUUAGUGUUGGUGGAGCAUUGGGAUUUUGGGUGCUUUGCCGAAUGCAUUAUGGUCCUCGAAUUACAGUUCCAAGGAGUCUUCGUUGGGCAGCAUGUGGGGCUGUAACCGUAAGUUCAAGCACAGCUAUGCUGGUUCGUUUGUUUAGUCCUGAAUGUGAGCCCCAGAAUAUAGCUGCUUAUGACAAUAAAAAGUAG